UAUAGUUAAAGCUAACAACAAAAUGGUGGCAUUUCACAGUUUGUGUGUAAAGUGUUAUCGUGUUCUGUGAAGGGGCCAACACCAUGGCAAGUAACAGAUCCGUAGGGCGUGCCCAGGAACCCGUUAUCUAUACGUGUGCUUUGUGUGACAGUGAAGACGGGGUAAGAUGGUACUGUAACGAUUGUCAGGAGAAUUUAUGUAACCGGUGUAAGGAAACCCAUACACGAGGAAGGAAAACAAAAAACGAUGACGUCGUGUCGAUAGGGAAGGCUAACCGUCAGGGCUACAAGCCUGUACCAGAGGUAUGUAAACUACAUCUCGGUAAACUGUGUGAUAUGUUCUGCUCGGACUGCAACGAGUUGAUUUGUUCGACAUGUUUAUCUAAAAAUCAUAAACAGCACAACUGGAAACUUUUUGAAGACGAACUAUCUGUCAAAAAGGAACAUUUUAAGGAACAUAUGACAACGAUAGCUGAUAAAAUAGCAAAUUUCAAUAACGCGACGUCAGAGCGACAUCGCGUGAACAAAACGUUCAAAGACAACAUUGAUACAACGAGGAAAGAGGUAAACUCACAGAGGACUAAGUUAAAGGCAGAAGUAGAUUCUAUCGCGGAAGCAGUGCUGGCCGAGUUAGCAUCUUUAGAAAAAGAGGAAUCACUGCUGUACAAGAAAGAUAUUCAACGAUCGGAGAAAAACGUCGAAGAGCUGACGCGUCUGCUUGAAAAGGCGGAAAUGACGGAUACAUCUAGUGUAUUCAUAAUUGAAACGGAAAUGUCAUUGAGGAAAACUCUGCCCCUGUAUGACGUUAAGAUUAAGCAUGUUUCACCAAAACAACCAAGCUUUGUUACCGGAAAUAUCGAUCGCGUCCUGUUGACGAAAAUGUUAGGAGAAUUACACCACGAGAACCAGUACGAGAAGACAAACAUCGAAAGUAAAGACGUUCAACGUCUCUCGAAGUUUACUGUUACCCAACAAAAUCAUAUAUGGGGUAUCUGUCCAGUCGACGACAGACACGCAUGGUUAUCAAUACGUGAAUACAAGGGACUGGUACUGGUCAACAGGGAGGGAGUGGUCAAAGAGACAGUUAAACUGGACUUCUGUCCAUACAUGAUCGCCAUGGUCGGGACAACAGACAUAUUUAUGACCAGUUAUAAUGAUAGUACAUUUGUAUAUAAAAUAUCGCUACACAACAAACAAGUGACAACAUUUGCUAACAUCAGACCACAUACCGCAUUCGACAUCAGCAUCAACGAGAGAGACGAGGUGUGUGUUAGUACAAACACACCAGACAUAGUGGUACUGAAUCAGUCAGGUACGAUUGUUAGGAAGGUGACGUGUGGAAUGAAAGGGUGGCGUAUUACAUGUUUGUCGUCAGGAGACAUUGCAGUGUCGGACUUUACAAAUGUAUCAAUCAUAACAGACAGAUCUGGUACAACCAAAUAUAAAUGGACUGUUGAAAUCAACAACGGUCAAAAUGAUGGUAAUAGGGCCUUCCAUAAGAUGUCACGUGACAAAUACGACAGACUGUUUGUACCAGACUCCUACAACAACCUGGUGCAUGUCCUACCGAGAGAUAGUUCACAGGCCACGUGUUUCCUGGACCAGAAACAUGGAGUGAUCGAACCUACAGUAGCGGGUGUGGACACGUGUGGGAACGUGUGGAUCGGGUGUAGCUACGGUACCGUACACGUCAUGAGACUGUAACACGAAGAAAGAGUACAUGAUGAACACUUGACCUCGUGGUACAAUACUACAUGAUAUAAAUAUCAUCACAAACAAUUCAUCAAUGCCUAAUAAAUACCCUCAAAUAUUGAUUUAUAUUGUAGAGACAUUCGAACAAUUGAUCAAUUGGUGUUUAUGACAUAUGUGAAAAACAUUUUAAAGUAAUAAGGUUAUUGAACCGACAAUGCCUGAUCACUGACCUGACCAACCAAAAUUAGUGAGCUGCACUGAGGGUUUUGUUUUAUUUAUUUGUGGGAUAAGGUAUUGUUAUUGUUUACUUAGUUUUCCAAGGAUUUAUUUUGAAAUAUAUCAUGUCAUCCUAAGGUAAAGAUCGAGUACCAUUAUGAUUGUCAUAAUGAUGAAAUAUUUGUUUAUAACAUUUUUGCGACACGUAAUUAAUUAUAGGCACAUAUGAAGAGAUAGUUAGAGAGAAAAGAAUCAGACAGACAGGCAGACAGACACUUUGUCAAUAUUUAAGAACGUGCUAUAUAAAACAUCUUCAGUAAGGUUUUUUACUCGAAACGUUCGUUUCCAAACAAUACAAACAUCUAAAUACAUGAUGUUUAAUGGAUUUAGAUUUGUAUAUAAUUUUCUUAUUCUCUGUUCAUGUAUAAAACUAUCUAAACUGUGAAGCUCUAAAUAAAGCAUUUG